CGUCUUUUCAAUUUCAAACCGUUUUCGAUCGUGUAGUGUUUUAUGGCGUUUGUCAAAUUGACGAAACUUUUGGAAAAGUGUAGUUUCUACCACAGUUAUGUCUAUUUUUAAUGAGUUAUUGCCGAAAAUCAAUGAAAUAUCAAAUGCUUUUACUAAAAACUUCAACGAUGACCUCAAGGCCGUGUUCGAUUGUUUUGAUAAGUUUGAAGAGGAGUUUCAAAAUGGACGAGGAAAGGCGCGGGAGAAAGCUACAAAGGAUAAAAAUCCCAUGACGACCCUUCAGAGUAUCCACGAGGAUGAAGAUGAAACAACAAAAUCAUUGGACACAGACAACAGUAAACGUAGAUCCAGCAACAAAUCGACAACGGACCUCACAACUGGUCGCAGCUCCACAGAAAGCAACUCGGACAGACCGCGGCGAGCUUCCAAGAAACGCAGCAAACAUGAAGUGGACGACAUGUCCAGCCCAGAACAGGAUAAACGACAGAAGAGAAAUGCUUCGGUUAAAGCACAGAGUAUUAUUAGUAAACAGGUGAACGUGAACCUAUCCCAGAAGCUCCGACGUGAGGACACGGAGAAGGCGUCGCGCGGGCGCCGACGUAAGGACGAUGACAAAGAAAACCACGAACCCAUACCUAAUAUACAAAUAAAACAAGAGAAGAUCUCCCUACCACCGGAGCCAAUGGACACGGACGCCUUGCCAGUCGAUAUUCCUAUCAAACAGGAACCGAAUAAGGAUGAUAUUGCCAUGCCGCCGCCAGUCGCGCCUGUACCCAAGCCACGUAAAGCGGUUCCCAAAGAGAAACCAGAGGAGAGCAGCGAGGAGGAGGGUGCAGGGAAACGGAGGACUACACGGACCAGGAAACAGACUGAUAACGUGGCGCCACCUGUCCCGUCAGCGCGGUCGACCCGCGCCAGUUCCCGGUCGGCGCGCCACACGGACGCCGAGGAACCCGCGCCACCGCCCGCGGAGACUCGACCCAAACGUACCCGGGCUAAAAAGAAAGUAUCAGAUGUUGCUCCGGAACCAGAGAAAGCUACGGAAUCACAAGAAAGUGUUCCUGCUUCUCCUGCUGAAAAACCGCGGCCGAAGAGAACUAGGCGAGCAGCGAAAGCAGCUGAAAAACCAGAAGAGAAACAACAAAACAUCACUCCGCCGCCCGCUCCGGCCCCAGAAACGAAUAUAACACCAAAAGAAGAACGUAUCUCACAUCCGCAGCCUACAUCACCGAUACUACAGAAAGAAGCGCCUAAGAACAAAAGCAAAAAGGACCCUGUUGUCGAGCUCACAAGGUUGAAUUUGGAUGAAGUGGAUGCGCUGGACAAGACGCGAGUGAUCGAAAAGGUCGGCGAUAUGGAUAAAACUGUGGUUAUACCGAACGGCGUGUAUAGUCACGCGCCUGUUACGCCUAAGAAUGUUCGCAAUUUGAACGAAACCGUAGUACUGGAGACUGCGGACAGGAACACGAUGGUGCUAGACAAACAACAGAACCAUGUUGUAAACAUUUUUAUUAUACCAAUUUCAGAUCCUAAGCAAGUGAACAUUACGGACGACAACUCGCUACUAACCGACGACAGUGACGCGACAGAGAUGCACACUCCGCCCAAACAACCACCUCCACACGUGCAACCUACAUCUGCAGUGAAGGAGAAAGUGCAACAGUUUGAGGAGUUAGCUUCAAGAGUCACCAGAACUAAAACGAGAGCUAUGGCUAAGAAGGACGAGCAGCCCGAGGAGACGCACACCCCUCCCGACAAGAUAGUGAAACCGGUCCUCUCUGCCGAGACACUCAACAAGAUGAACAACAUGAUCUUCAAUGGGAAACCGCCGCAGAUAUCAAGUUCAGCGACAAAACCGCGAGCAAACGUUGUGACGUCAGUGAAGUCCUUGAUUCCCGCGUCCACGUCCAAACUGAGCGGGAUCAACCGAGCCAGGGAGGCGGAGGAACUCAAGAGGGAGCGGGAGGACGCCAGGAAGAAGAAGGAAGCCAUGUUAGAGGCUAAGAGGGAACUACAGAAGAGAAAACGCGAAGAAAAAAUGGCGGCGGCGGCCGCAGCCCGCGAGGCGGCCGACAGAGAGCGACGCGCCGCGCUCGAACUGGCGCAGCGCGAACGGAUGGAGAAACAGGCGCACGCAGACCAGGGGAAACUCGACCGCCUCAAGGAGGCAGAGCGGAAAAAGCAAGAGCUAGCUCGCAAAGUAGCGGAGACGGAGGAGAGGAGACGUGCCGAGGAACAAGCCAGACAACAACGACUCGCUGAGGAACAGAGGAGGGCCGACGAGGCAAGGAGGAAACAGCUGGAGGAGGCUGCCGCUAUGAAGAAAGAGGCUGCAAUCAUGGCGAAAGAGAUUGAGAAGAGACAGAAGGAGUACAUUGAGAAGCAGAAGAUGAAACAUAGAAUGGAAGAUAAAACACACACUCCGCUGAAAGGCCCGGGCACUCCAAGUGGGUGGCAGCCGCAGCUGUCCCCCGCGUACAUGGCGGACGGGUUCCAGUACCUCAACUCUGACGAGGACGAGGAACCAGUCGACAGACCCGUACCUGACUGGAGUACUUCUAAGGCCCGUCGCGCCCAGCUGUACAUCCAGAGCCAGGUGGGCGGCGGGCACGUGGACCGCCUGUUCAGUGUCCGCGUGCACUCGCCCGACCUGCGCGACAUCUUCCCGCGCAUCGAGCGCGCGCGCCUCAAGCGGACCUCCUCCGCCGUCUGGCACACGCCGCCCGCGCACCGACUGCCCGCGCUCGCUGAGUGACGGGGUAGUAACUAUGAAAGUUUGUGUUCAACUCCUACCCGUCGCGGGCGGCGCUGCGGUCUGUACAUAGCUUACAAAUGAUACAUAACACAGAGCUUGUGUGCUCAAUACUUAUAUAUUGAGGCGACUGUUGUAUCUACAACAUGGUUUUACGUGAUAGCUGUGUUAUAUACUGGCUCUGAGAGGGUUAUACAGCUGUAUUUAAUAAAAUUGUGAUUGAAGCAAUAGUUUUCAGUAAUGACCGUCAGUUAACUAAA